GCCUGCUCCUUGUAAAAGAGAUUGUGUGAGUGUCCGUACUGUGUGUGUGGGCUUGUGAGACAACCAAAGGAUAGGUAUACCGUACAAGAGGAGAGCUCAACAGCGUGAUAAAAAUCUCCAGGCACUGGGGCUCACAAGCUGUAGUCCCCCUCCUCUCACCGCCCCUUCUCUGCCCUACUCCCCCGGCUCCUUUCGUCUUUGAUGAGUUUUUGGCUCACUUUUUGGCGGAGUCUCUUGGACAUGUUCUGCUGUUGCUGGAGGAUCAAAUAAAUGGAACCUUUGAAAGUUGAUUAUUUUUCUCUUAUGUGACAAACAUACACACAGAGAGAGCGCGAAGAGGAAAGGAAAUUAGAGUGGUGUAUGACCAGCUAGAGGAUUUAAAAUUUUCCUUGGUGAACUUUGAGGAGCCACUGAGAAGAAACCAAAUGAAGUGUUUACUGUCAUUAUCUCUAUUUGAUGAAGAGGAUACUGAGGCUCAAAGAGACUUAAUAACUCGUCCAAGAUCAUCUAAUGCUGAGUAAUCAAGAGUGAGUGCCAUGAAGGAGCAAAAACCCGCCUGGACCAGCAUAGUUUUGAGAGGAUAAACCACAGAGCAGCAGAAAUGAUUCACUUGAUUGCAAGCCUCUAUGUUUACCAGAGAGAGUGAAGCUGAGGAAGUUGGAGCUUCUGUUGACACUCUAAACUCAUGAAUUACUGAAGGAACAAAGAAUAAUGCAUGUAUUUUGACACAAUGGAGACAUCCUGACACCCCUUCAGAAUCUCGAUAAAUUAACUGGAUUAAAGCUUGGCCAACAGGAAAACUGGUACAUAGACAACUUGCCACAGGUGUGAAGAAACUUCACCAGUAGGCAUCCAGAACAUGCAUUUUACUUCUUUGAAUUCCCUCAGGAAGAGAAGAGCCAGCUAGACACACUUUAAGGUUGGCAAACACGUUGCCUAUUUACUGCAUAGAGACCCCUAAUGGAGAACAAGACUGUUUAAACUCCAGAAGGACCAACACCAGAUAAAUUAUGAAUGUUGAACAAGAUGACCUUACAUCCACAGCAGAUAAUGAUAGGUCCUAGGUUUAACAGGGCCCUAUUUGACCCCCUGCUUGUGGUGCUGUUGGCUCUUCAACUUCUUGUGGUGGCUGGUCUGGUUCGGGCUCAAACCUGCCCUUCAGUGUGCUCUUGUAGCAACCAGUUCAGCAAGGUGAUUUGUGUUCGGAAAAACCUUCGUGAGGUUCCUGAUGGCAUCUCCACCAACACAAGGCUGCUGAACCUCCAUGAGAACCAAAUCCAGAUCAUUAAAGUGAACAGCUUCAAGCAUUUGAGGCACUUGGAAAUCCUCCAGUUGAGCAGGAACCAUAUUCGAACCAUUGAAAUCGGGGCCUUCAAUGGUCUGGCGAACCUCAACACUCUGGAACUCUUUGACAAUCGUCUUACCACCAUCCCAAAUGGAGCUUUUGUAUAUUUGUCUAAACUGAAGGAGCUGUGGUUGCGGAACAACCCUAUUGAAAGCAUCCCUUCCUAUGCUUUUAACAGAAUCCCUUCUUUGCGCCGCCUAGACUUAGGGGAAUUGAAAAGGCUUUCAUACAUCUCAGAAGGUGCCUUUGAAGGUCUGUCCAACUUGAGGUAUUUGAACCUUGCCAUGUGCAACCUCCGGGAAAUCCCUAACCUCACGCCGCUCAUCAAACUAGAUGAGCUAGAUCUUUCUGGGAACCAUUUGUCUGCAAUCAGGCCUGGCUCUUUUCAGGGGUUGAUGCACCUUCAAAAACUGUGGAUGAUACAGUCUCAGAUUCAAGUGAUUGAACGGAAUGCCUUUGAUAACCUUCAGUCACUAGUGGAGAUAAACUUGGCACACAACAAUCUAACAUUACUGCCUCAUGACCUCUUCACACCCUUGCAUCAUCUAGAGAGGAUACACCUUCACCACAACCCAUGGAAUUGUAACUGUGACAUCCUGUGGCUCAGCUGGUGGAUAAGAGACAUGGCCCCCUCCAACACGGCUUGUUGUGCCAGGUGUAACACUCCCCCCAACCUGAAAGGGAGGUACAUCGGAGAGCUGGACCAGAAUUACUUUACAUGCUAUGCUCCAGUAAUUGUGGAGCCCCCUGCAGACCUCAAUGUCACUGAAGGCAUGGCCGCUGAGCUGAAAUGUCGGGCGUCUACGUCCCUGACUUCCGUAUCUUGGAUUACUCCAAAUGGAACUGUCAUGACCCACGGGGCAUACAAAGUGCGGAUAGCUGUGCUCAGCGACGGUACUUUAAAUUUCACAAAUGUAACUGUGCAAGACACAGGCAUGUACACAUGUAUGGUGAGUAAUUCUGUUGGCAACACCACUGCUUCUGCCACCUUGAAUGUUACUGCGGCAACCACUACUCCAUUCUCGUACUUUUCAACUGUAACAGUAGAGACUAUGGAACCUUCUCAGGAUGAGGCACGGACCACAGAUAACAAUGUGGGCCCCACUCCAGUGAUCGAUUGGGAGACCACCAAUGUAACCACAUCUCUUACGCCACAGAGCACAAGGUCGACAGAGAAAACAUUCACCAUCCCAGUAACUGACAUUAACAGCGGAAUCCCAGGAAUUGAUGAAGUAAUGAAAACAACAAAAAUCAUUAUUGGGUGUUUUGUGGCCAUCACUCUCAUGGCUGCCGUGAUGCUGGUCAUUUUCUAUAAGAUGAGGAAACAGCACCAUCGGCAAAAUCACCAUGCUCCAACGAGGACUGUUGAAAUCAUUAACGUGGAUGAUGAGAUCACUGGGGACACGCCCAUGGAAAGCCACCUGCCCAUGCCUGCGAUUGAGCAUGAGCACCUAAACCAUUAUAACUCUUACAAAUCUCCCUUCAACCACACAACAACAGUAAACACAAUAAAUUCAAUACACAGUUCAGUGCAUGAACCGUUAUUGAUCCGAAUGAACUCUAAAGACAAUGUACAAGAGACUCAGAUAUAAAACAUUUACAGUUACAGAAAACAAACAAUCAAAAAAGACAGUUUAUUAAAAAAUGACACAAAUGACUGGGCUAAAUCUACUGUUUCAAAAAAAGUGUCUUUACAAAAAAAAACAAAAAGAAAAGAAAUUUAUUUAUUAAAAAUUCUAUUGUGAUCUAAAGCAGACAAAAUUAUGUGUAUUCCUCAGAACCUGUUUUUGCUGCACUUACUAUUUUCCCACACCUCCUCCCUCCCCUCCCCGAUUGCCAUAUUUUUCAUAGAUCUCAACUCCCCAAAGAACUGGUCUAGGAAAUUUUGUAAGAAUUCUGUUACACUUUGAGAUUUUUAUGGUGAAUUCUAGUGGUGAGAUCCAGUCUAUUUUGUCUCUUUCUCUCUAUAUUUUUUUCAUUAUUUUCUUUUUCCUUCAUGCCCUUAUGAAGUAGUUCAAUGGGGAAUGCAAUAUUAGAAAUAGAUUUUUAAGAAAGAAUGAGGAAAAUGCAAGAUCUUAUAUUUUUCAUGUAAUAACCUGUUCUGUAUUUAUGAGGAGGACAUUCUGUGGAGAAAGAAAAAGAAGUAAGCAAACAGCAGAUUAAUUUACAUAUGAGCAUCUAUAAAACCCAUGACUUUUAAAAAGAAAAAGAAAAAAAAACCUCUAGAAUCAGAAUUUGUAGUUCAAAAGCUUAAAAUAAGAUUAUAAAUAAAAUAUUGUUGGUUUUUCUGUACCUGGACAUAGCUCAUUUGUAAUCUGGCUCAAAUGUGAGAAACCUGGAGGUAAUUAGAUUCCUUGUUUUCUAAGAAAGAUAACAAACACUACAGUAACCUCUAAUCACAGCAUUAUUUCCUACAUGUCUCUGCUGUUUUAUUUGCUUAUUACACAUCAACAUUCAAAGAUACUAAGAUAUUCUUGCCUUACCUACUAGGAGGGACCCUUGUAACCUUUUGGAUGGAAAGUUAACAAUUUGCAAACUAAAUGUAAUUCAGGGAAGGAGAAAAUACCAGUAUGAUAUAUUUUCUUUCUUCUAAAGAAAACUCUGCAGACCAGCUGAAAUAGUACCACAAAAGACGAGUCAUUCUUAAUUGCUCACAGUUGAAAAGGAAUUUGGAGUUCUGAGUGUUAGCAAAUUUAGUUCAAUUCAUUGAAAAUUAUCACAGAGCAGAAAGGAGCUAAAUGGUCACUUGGCUGAUGUGAGUCCACAAAUAGCAAGGCCUAGUUCCUGCCCUUGCAUCGUUUCCAAGGAUUUUUCUCACUGUAUUACUAAGCACUAGCACUAAUGUUUAUAGGUAAAUGAUAGUGUCCUAGGCACUCUAAAUUGCAAAAUAUUAAAAUGUUAUAGAAACUUACUGAAUUCAUGAUUUCUGCCAUGCUUCAGGUGGAGAGAACUUUCUUCUUCAGAAAACAGACUCCCAGGAGUUUAAGAAGCAAAAACAAUGGAGUAUUGUGAAAUAAUGGGCACAUAUGAACAGAAAACAAGCCUGAUGAAAUACAUGAUGACUUACCAGGACUUUCUUUAAAGGAGCUGUGGCAAUCUUAGCUAAGAGGACAGAAAAUUGCUUCCAAAAAGAAAAAGAAUCCACUGGUUGUGAAUGCUUGCAUUCUCUCAAUAUUUUCACAUACUUUGUGUAUGAACUUUAUCUUUCUAUCUGUGGUACAAUAUAUAGACAGAGAGACAGACAGAGAGACAGAGAGACAGACACACACAAACACACACAACUCCCCCCCACACACUUCUCACUGACCUUGAAAUCUGUCCUUGCCAUCAAACCCAGGAGAUAACGAAUGACUAAAUUGAGGGAAAUGCAUCUCCCAGUGGAUGAGCAGCUUGAACACUUGCAUGUAAUUCUACAGUCUAGACCUCACACCAGGUUUCGUGAUCACCGGGUUUGAAAAACCAGUCAUUUCUAACAGUGUAGAUUAAAAAAAAUAGGAGGAAGAGUUAAGAAAUGGAUGCAAAGACACAAAAGUCCUGUUUCGUUUUUUUGGCCACACACCCUUUGGCUAUUUUCUCCUGUAUCCCUUCUUCCCUUUAUCACAAACCUAAUUUACAUUUUCUGUUACUGUUCAGUAGACAUAGGCAAAGGGCAAGCAUAUAUGGACUGUCAUUCACAUAUAUAGCAUGGUGUGUGGUUGCAUAGCAUUCUAACAGAAACGUACACUCAUACACAAACAUAUACAUUUUAAAUAUUAACUAGAUCUGGGACAAAGAAGGGGGAUAUUAAUGAGUGAAGAAAUGGGUGGUGCCUUCUUUUCUUAAUUCUGUUCCUAGUUUUUGUUUACAAACUUCUGCCUCUUGACUCUCUCAUGUUAAGCUUAUGAUUAUUAUAAGGGUACCCAAAAAUGUUCAAACCAUAUACUAUUUGUCAUGGCUAAACAGUUAGACAAAUUGUCCUAAAUGCAAUGGAAUAUAAAAUAACCAAAUAAAACAAACAAUAGACGAACAGACAAACCAAAAUCAGUGAGUAGAAAAUCAAAACUAUGAGAUACCUGCGACCAGAAUACUACAAUAGAUUGAAACAACACAUUUCAGAAAUAAAAUACACGUAUGGAAGGUUUAAAUUAAUUAAAUUGAGUUAUAUAUCAAAUUAAA